CAAAACCUUCAUAAAAAUCCGAACAAUGCAGUCCCUGCAGAUCUGUAUCUUGUUUGCGGUCAUUUGUUUUACUUCGAGUUCGAAAAUUUCCAGUCGAGCACAACAAGGCGGAGAUGAAGUCCUGAUAAAAAAUAUUUCAGACCUUCAUUUUCAAUUAUUUUCUUCCGUUCAAAAGAAGACCAAGAUGAUAAAGUCGGCGGUGUUUGAAACGCAAUGCAGUGGAUCAGGUUGUACGUUUAAUGGCUGCCAGUCAAGUGAGUCUGGAACAUGUGACGGGAAAAUGUUGAGUAAGCUGAAUCAAAUACAUUCCAGUAUUAGGAAUAUUUGGAAACGAAAGCCAGAGAAACCAAGCACUGUUUGUAAAAAAGGAUGGAAACGACACAACAACCAUUGCUAUUUUCUGUCCAGUGCAAAACUAAACUGGUUUGAAGCACAGAUGUUUUGUCGAAACUUAAAAACAACCCUUGUGCAAAUUAAUGACGCAAAUGAGAGCAAGUGGCUUUCGAGGAAUUUUCCAAAAGUUCCUUACUGGCUCGAUGUUACUGACGUCGGAAAGGAAGGACAUUGGUUGACGUUUUCAACAGGGAAAAGACCCACAUUUACAAGCUGGGAUCGCGGCCAACCAGAUAACUGGAAAAAAAAUCAGGACUGUGGCUAUAAUAACUUUUCAGGACGGCUCGGUAGAUGGGAUGAUGCACAUUGUACCAUGAAAAUACAAUUCAUCUGUGAAGAAUCAGGAUCUGGAUUCUGAACAGGAAGAUCAUAAGAAAGGAUUGUUCGAAUGCAAAUGGGAAAAUAAAAUUGAUAAAACAAA